CAGAAGGGGAACUGAACCGAGAGGAAAUGGGCGUAGAAAGUUUCCACCUAAAAAUACUCCGCAUUCCUCACCCUCUCCGUACGGCUCUUGCGGGGCUGGCGAAGGGGGGAGUGGCUCAGCCGGAAAAGGCAAGACCGCCGACGAGAAGACAGCGGCGCUCUUGUUUCGCCCCGGUGGUCUGCUGCGCGUGGAGCUCAAGCCCCUGCAGAGAGCUGAAGAAGCAUCAUUUGGGAGGAAAGCGCCGGCGGUGAACAUCGGCGAAGUGCCCGACAGGAGAUCUCCGCGCCAUGGCGUUCUUGCUCGUGUUUGUCGUGCUCCUGCACCUCGUAACGCUGGCUAUGCUUUUCAUCGCCACCACGGAAAAGUCCUGGUGGGUGUGGAGCGGGGAGGAGAAUUCAGACCUCUGGUACAACUGCAUGUUCGACAAUGAGUCGGGGGCCUGGCUUUGCUCGUCAUCCACGGAAAGCGAGUGGCUCCAGGCGAUCCAAGCCUUGAUGGUCCUGUCCGUUGUCUUCUCCUCCAUCGCCUUCCUGGUCUUCCUUGGGCAGCUCUUCACCAUGUCCAAAGGAGGCCUCUUUUACAUCACAGGAUUCUGCCAAAUCUUUGCCGGCCUCACGGAUUUCUCGGCUGUGCUAAUUUACAUGCUGCACCACGAGGAAAUUCUGCCGGACACCAAGACGCGGAGCUUGGGUCACUAUGGCUACUGCUACAUACUGGCCUGGGUGUGUUCCCCCCUGCUGUUGGCCAGCGGGACCCUGUAUAUCCACCUGCGCAAAAAGGAGUGAUGCGGGGGGUUGGGGGGGUGCAGAGGAUGGAGGGAUGCAAGCUGCAGGCACGUUACUGUUUUUAUUCCAUCGACCUCUGUUCGAGAUGAUACAUUUGACACUGCACAAAAGUCUACAAAAGGCAUCCGCUUUUUAUUCUGGCCCUAGAAUGAAACUGAGAUUUAGAAGCAAAUUUCUGUGUUGGUCACUUAUUGAAACAUCAGACACUUGAAAAUACCCCUCAUGAGACAGAUAAUGAUCUGGCAUCUAUAAACAGCAUUGCUGGCUUGGUCAUGUACCUCUAUUCAUUUGUAUUUCUGCAUUUAUUAAUUUAGCUGAUACUUUUCUCCAACAGGAUUUACAUUGUUAAGGUUAUUAGAGGCUUAUAGUUAUUCACCAGAGUAAUAUAGGGUAAGUACCUUGUUCAAGGGCACUAGGGCCAGAUGCAAGUAUUAAACCAGCAACCUUUGGAUCCAGAGGCAGUAGUGGUAACCAUUACACCAUCCACUGUCCCCACUACCCACCUUUUGCAUCUGGUUAUCAUCUGUGGCCAUGCGUUUACUUUUCAUGGAUCAGUCGUUUUUUAGAGCCCGGAAUCCCUGUGAUAAAAGGCAGCUUUUCUAUUCCUUCAUUAAUUUGUAAAUAUUGUUAGACUAACUACAGCACGUGCCGUCACAGCACAGAGAUUAAGAGGUCAUAAAAAAUAUGACUGCAAAUAUUCUCCAUACAAAAAAUAUUGAUAUAACAGCUUCGUUUGUUUUUAUAUAUGUAUAGCGGUCACUAUUUACACGUUCUAAUUUUUUUUGCGGUAUCAACUAUCAGCAUCAGGUAUCAACUGUCAACAUUUUUUACAAUAAAUUCCGCACUCGAAUGUGACCGUGGAAGAUGUAUGACCUUUUAAUACGAAUAGUUUUGAAAAGAUAAAUUAAAAGUCUUUUCAGAUUUCUAUUACAUUAACACAUUCUACAGCUGAUGAAGUCAAAGAAACUGUAAAGCUGAUUGAAGGACUUCGGUAUUGGAGUUAAUGAUAAUGUAGACAAUAAUAGAAAUACAUAUUGAUAUGUAAAGAUUAAUAAAAUUCGAUGGCUAUAAAACUAUAUUAAAAAAGA